AUGGGGGAAGAUAGUAUAAAAACAUUUCUUGAAUACCCAGAUGGCAAAAGCAGUACUGUCAAGGGUCCAAGAAAAUCGACAGUGAUCCACAAAGCCUUCAAGGACAAGCAAUUGAACAUCAGUCCCAACAUGUGCCGAGAGCAGCGUAAAGUCUGGUACCAAUGCCGCCAUGAGCUCGUCUACAAGUACUACUGCAGAGAAGCCAGACGUACGGGCGUGCAGUGGCAGUAUGAGAAGCUGGAACACUUUGGAGGAACCAACAUUCCUUGCGAGCAUCCAGACUGUGUCAGAUGGAAUCGACGUCUAGCAGAGAUGCGCCAGGAAGCCUUGGAGAGAAACAUUGCAGACGCCAUGUAUCGUCGUAUUGAUUGA